GGCGACGGUGAGUUUACAGUCAAUGUUCAACACUUUUACUGCUGCCAGAAGAAGAAGAAGAGGCUGCAGGGUGACAAAAUGAUCGGGGAUCUGUUAAUUUUCUGCACUUUGUUAAUGAACGCCGGGGCGGUUUUAAACUUUAAACUGAAAAGGAAAGAGACGCAAACGCACGGGUUCGGCGAUGAUCCGGGCCGAUCAACUACAGGUGAUAACAUCAGGGAGUUUUUACUGAGUCUGCGCUACUUCCGCAUUUUUAUAGCGCUGUGGAACAUCUUCAUCAUGUUCUGCAUGAUCUUGUUGUUUGGAUCAUAACCCACUACAUUCCCAGCCUGGACACUAACAUGAAGGACAAUCCUCAACACUUUUCUUUUUCGGUAGUGGGAUGUUCAAAUCUGGCUGAUCCUUCAAGAACCUCAAGAACCUUUGGAGCAGGAAAUUUGUCAGUCAUCAGUCAUUUCCUCCAUUGUAUCCACUAAGCCAGUGUCUUAGGGGUCAACUAAAGGUUAUUUUGAAAGUCUUAAGGACUAAUGUUGACCGUUACUCUCUUAAUUAAUGUCAAACUGACAUAUUGCCUAAAUUUGCAUGUCAGUUGAUGUGCUUGUGAUCGUCAGCAGAUACAACGUUUUGUUUUGGGUUUUUUCUUUUUGUGAAUAUCAGCUGCACGUUCAAUGGCUAACAGAGCAGUGCCCUGAAAUAAAUCAUCUGUUUUUCUCAAAAAAUAUUAUUUUCUGUUAAAUUAGGGAACUUCUAGCAAGUUAAAGGGUCAAUACUACUCAGAUUCUUUUAUUAAAUGAGAAAAGUUUUAAUACAAAUUACUAUAAAUGCUGAAAGGAUAGCUGAUGGUUUUAGUCGGUUUAGAUGCAAAAGUCAUUUUUGUUCUUUGCAAGAAAAACACACCUUCUAUUAAAAGUGACUUGCAUUA